UGUCCUGGUCCAGUGCCCGGAGGGCGAAGCUCUCUGGUACCCAACCUAGAAGAAGAGAUUGACUUGGUAUCCGAUGCGGUCUCCAAGCAGGGGAAGAGGCCUCUGCCCCACGGCCAGGAAGAGACCCCGCUCCCCCCUGGCCCCCACUCCAAGAAUGGGGCAUCCAAGGCAGAGUCUUCGCAGAGUGGCCGGCGGGGAGGGCCAGAUACAUCGUCCCACCCCCCCAGCACCGAGCUGGUCCACAACCCCCCAGUAGAGUCGACCCACAUCUCUACCAACGAUGCCCUCGUCCUCGGGUUGAUCGUCAGCUGCACGGCUGCAGGAGUGGCGGCUCUGGUGGUGGCUCUGAUCUGCUGGUGCAGGCUGCAGAAGGAGAUCCAUCUGGCCCAGAAAGCGGAUUAUCCAGCAAAUAAACUGCCCCAACUCCCUCCCUAUGACAAGCUCUCUCCUGGCGAUCAGAAGCUGGCACAGAGUGCCCAGAUGUACCACUAUCAGCACCAGAAGCAGCAGAUGCUCUCCAUGGAAAAGCAUAAGGAGGAAACCAAAGCUCCGGAACCCGUCUCCUCGGACGAAGAGAAUGAAGACGGAGACUUCACGGUCUACGAGUGCCCCGGCCUGGCCCCGACUGGAGAGAUGGAAGUGAAAAACCCCCUUUUCGACGACUCCACUCUGCCCGCAAAGCAGCACCCCUGACCGGGAACUGUGGACUGUGCACAAGACCGGCCCGAGGGCUGCCUGACCAAUGGCUCUCCUCCGCCCUCCUCCUCCUCCUCCUCCGCAAAUUCUUGGCUGAAAUAAACCUGCCAUUUUGGCAACUCGCUGCUGCUUGCGCUCGGCUUCGCCUUCUCCCCUGCACCGGCCCUUCUCCCGCCUGGCUCCCAGACGUCGGAUGUCGGUGAAGAGGCUUUGUGGACUAUCUGGACUCCAGAGGGAAAGGGGUCUUGCCCACCUCCUGCCCCCACAAUUCCUGCCAGCCUUGGGCAGGGCAAGACCCGCCAUGCAAAAAGCAGAGUUCAGGAUGGGAGGGCUUCUCUUUUCUCUUUCCUGGUUUUGCAGCCCUCCCCCCACCCCCCAGGUUAAAACCCCGGGGCUGGGGAGACCUUGAGGCUCGAGGCUUCUCUCUUUGGGAGGGAGCUGCAGCUUCAAAGGAGGGGAAGUGUUCGGACAGGCCCUUCCCCGCCCGGCCAGUUGAGAUGACUUGGGAAAGCGGUCCGUGUGCCCAUUGAACAGGUGGGAACCCGAGGCUGGAAAAGGUGCAUCUCCCCGUGUAGUAAGCCCAGGUCCAUUUUAUACCGUUUUCAGGACUUUCCCCAAAGGAACUGCAUUUUGAGGUGGCUGAGGGUUCAUUUGCAGGCUUGCUGGGCAAAAUUUUAGUUCUCAGGAUGUCAAGGAAUGGAAGGAAUGUUACAAAACAGCGUUAAGGUCUGCAGAGUGACCUGUCCAAAGAUGGGGAGCCCCAGAGCUUCUUCCAUUGGGGCAGGCAGACUUCACCCCUUAGUUCUCUCUGGCUGUGCCCACUCUUUUGCCAGUGUGGUGCCCGCUCCUCGCCCUGGCCCAACCUGAAGGGAGGUGACUUCUAUUCUGCCUCCUUGGGCUUUUCCGAGGAUUUCAUAGCUGUCUGCCAGACUGGCUGACCAAGAGCUGGGACGGCAUUGAGCCAAGUUAUCUUUUCUUUUUCAUUACAACCAGAUCCAGAAGGUUGACUUGUUUUAUUUCAUACCAAAUUCAGAAGGUUUCCAAAGUGUUUCUGAAUUCCACAAUUAAAUGGGAUGGGUGUUGAAGGGAGAAGAAUGAGAUUCUUGGUCACCUGUGUUGUCUGCUUUCGGAAGACGCGAUAUUCCAAGCACUUGAUCUCCCCCUCCCUCAAGAAUUGUGAGGAGGGGAUGAGUUGUGUUAAAGGCUGAUUCCUACCCCCCAUCUUCGCAAAUCCAAAGAUAUUCAUAAACCACCCGGGUAGCUGUAACCAAUUUCUCCUUGCCCCUGCUGUGAGGUCUAGAAACUUGAUGGAAAACAAGAAAAGGAAAACAAGGUUUCCUGCUCGGGUGCGUAAGUGAAGUUUGCAAAGGGGCAUCUGUUUAUGCAGUUGGACUAAUGGAUGGUGGUGCAACUCGCAAGCCGCUUUUUGGAAGUUGGCACCUUGCAAGGUAGGGUGAGUUGGCAGGCACAGAGGGUGGAUAUUUUAUUUUAUUUUGGAGAUUUGCCAAAAGGCUCAAGAAAUCGUGUUUGGGGUGCAUUAGAAUUGCAUCAGCAGCUUCCCUACUCUACCUGCACCUCUAUAAGUUUUUGCAAAGGUGCCCCCUCCUUCCCAUCGGUGUCUCAAAGAGGGUUUUCUUGGGCCUGAAUGGAAGGGCCUGAAACUGCAACCAGAGGGGCCCCCAAGCCUCCAUCUGCUGGGACCCCUCGGCUGGGGUCCCCCUAUCUGAAUCAGAAGAGGAGGGUUUUGGGGGGGGGUGUAGCCAGUUAUCAGCCAGAGCAGCCAUCUUUGUAAGCCGAGAAGAAGAGUCCUGUGCUGCAGGACGAAGAGUUAUCAGGGCUGUUUCCAAAACAGCUUUGGGGUGGGGGGACGGGGGAGAUCCCUCUGUUUUUUGAGUUUGCACAGCACUUUUGCACUUAUCCCGCUGAGUAGUUUAUUCCUUACUUUUGUAUUUCCAAAGAAGAAGCUGCACACAAGGGAAGGAGACCUGAACUCGGAGCUACAAGUUCCGAGUUGCCUCCUCUACUGCUUGGACUGUGUCCGUUGCUAAUAUGGAGGGAGGGAGCGGACAGUUUAUCCUCCAGCCUUGCUCCAAGUGGGGGGGGGGGUUUCUAACAGUGCCCCCCAGAGCUGCCAGCUCUUAAGAGCCCAGAAGCGAUAGCGGGCCGGUGCGGGGCAGGGAGGAGAGAAUGCCACACAGGGAUCGUUUAUUUUUUUCUUUCUCGUUUUGUUAUUUUUUGUUUCCAGACCUGUAUGGACUGUGUUUAAUAAAUUUUAUUAAAUGACCAAUUCUCAA